ACCGGCUGCCGGCAUAGCCUUGGGUCUCUUUGAAGGGCAGAUUUACAAUGAUAUCAACGGGUUGGAGGACAAAUUAGGUGAAAUGGAUUUCAAAAUUGCCGGCACCGAAAAGGGCAUUUGUUCCAUUCAAUUGGAUGUCAAAAACCAAGGAAUUAGCCACGAGUUAAUAAAGUCAAGUUUAGACAAGGCCCACCAAGCCCGAAUCUAUUUGUUGGCCGAAAUGAAAAAGCACAUUUAUCAUCCUCGUCCGCAUUUACCAACCCAGGUUAUUAAAUGUCGUCAAUUACCAGUGCCCAAAGAAAAAAUUGGUUUAAUUAUCGGACCCCGUGGUAGGACUAUCAAUCAAUUAACCGAGGAGACCGGGUCAACCAUUGAAGUUCAGCCAGACG